AGCGUCCGGUUUUAGUGGCUGCACAGUGUUUUCUGUGUGAACGCUGAGCAAAGUGCAAGGUCCCCCCCAGAGCACAGAUAUGAGCCGUAACCACCAGUAGCCCCCGCUCCUCGACUUACCUCCUCAGCUAACUUAUAUGUGACUUUUUAUUUUAUUUUAUUUUUAGUUUUUUUUUUCUUUCUUAUAAGCUAGUUUUACGUUUUGCACCGAAGAUGUCGAACCUCUUAUUUGGAGUCAUACGAAGGCAGGGCGGCAUUGGGGCAGGUGCCGGGGUGCGGUCCCUGGCCUCCAUCCCCUCGCUGCCACCAGCUGUGGCUGAUUUUGUGAAGGGAGCCGUGGAUGAGUGCAAGCCCGCCGGUGUGCAUGUAGUGUCGGGGACGCCGGAGGAAACGGCCAACAUCCUGGCAGGUCUGGAGAGGGAAGGCAUGGUUAAGAAGCUUCCCAAAUAUGAGAACUGUUGGUUGGCGCGUACAGACCCAAAGGACGUGGCUCGGGUAGAAAGUAAGACAGUCAUAGUUACCAAGAGCCAGAGAGAUACCAUUCCUAUCCCUGCUGGAGGGGCUAAGAGCCAGCUAGGUAACUGGAUGAGCGAGUCCGAUUGGCAGACGGCAAGACGGGAACGUUUCCCAGGCAGCAUGGCAGGUCGGACCAUGUAUGUGAUUCCCUUCAGUAUGGGUCCUGUGGGCUCAUCUCUCUCCAAAUAUGGUGUUCAGGUGACGGACUCUCCGUAUGUAGUUGCCAGCAUGGGGAUCAUGACGCGAAUGGGCACUCCUGUUCUGAAUAAACUGUCUGAAGGAGUAGAGUUUGUCCGCUGUCAACACACUCUGGGGCGACCUUUGCCUCUCAAAGCUCCUCUGGUCAACUCUUGGCCCUGUAACCCAGAAAAGGUGCUGAUUUCUCACCUGCCGGACAUCAGGCAGAUCAUGUCCUUUGGUAGCGGCUAUGGAGGAAACUCUCUUCUUGGGAAGAAGUGCUUCGCCCUCCGCAUCGCCUCCCGCAUUGCGAAGGACGAGGGAUGGUUGGCUGAGCACAUGCUGAUUCUGGGUAUCACCAACCCUCAGGGGGUGAAGCGAUACAUAGCGGCAGCUUUCCCCAGUGCCUGUGGCAAAACCAAUUUGGCCAUGAUGAAACCCUCUCUACCAGGCUGGAAAGUUGAGUGUGUUGGUGACGACAUCGCGUGGAUGAAGUUUGACAGUCAAGGUAAACUCAGGGCCAUCAACCCCGAGAACGGGUUCUUUGGUGUGGCGCCAGGCACCUCGGACAAGACCAACCCCUACGCCAUGGCCACCAUUGCCAAAAACACGGUGUUCACCAAUGUUGGCGAGACCAGCGAUGGAGGAGUGUGGUGGGAGGGGCUUCAACCCCCCGCUGCCGGCGUCACACUCACAGACUGGCACGGAAAACCCUGGAAGCAAGGAAGCUCGACGCCUUGCGCCCAUCCCAACUCUCGUUUCUGUGCCCCCGCUGCCCAGUGUCCCAUUAUUGACCCCAAGUGGGAGAGCGAGGAGGGUGUCCCCAUUGACGCCAUCAUUUUCGGAGGGAGGAGGCCAGAAGGAGUCCCUCUGGUCUAUGAGUCCUUCAACUGGCAACAUGGAGUAUUUGUUGGAGCAGCUAUGAGGUCUGAGGCCACAGCAGCUGCUGAACAUAAAGGCAAAGUGAUCAUGCACGACCCCUUUGCCAUGCGUCCGUUCUUUGGCUAUAACUUCGGCGACUACCUCGCUCACUGGCUGAGCAUGCAGAGCCGUAAGGCCCCCACUCAUCUACCCAAGAUCUUCCACGUCAACUGGUUCAGAAAGGACCCAGCAUCUGGCGCCUUCCUUUGGCCCGGCUUCGGUGAAAACGCCCGCGUGCUGGAGUGGAUCUUCAAGCGCUGCAGCAGAGAGAGGGAGGACGAGGCGGCGAAGAAGAGCAUGAUCGGCUGGCUGCCAGCAGAUGGCGCCAUUGACACUAAAGGUCUGGGCGGCAAGGUGGAUAUGGGUGCCCUCUUCGAUGUGCCCAAGCCUUUCUGGCAGAAUGAGACCAAGGAGUUGAGGGCCUACUUCACUCAGCAGGUUGGAGCUGACCUGCCAGCUCAGGUGGAGGCUGAGCUGAAGGCUCUGGAGGAGAGAGUGCACCAAUAAAACCUUACCAGGAAGUCCAUUCAGAGGCAGGGAGAGAGACACAGAUGUCCCAGGGUUCAGUUUAUUCAGGUGUAAUCAGAGCCACUGACUGGGUUUACAUCCACUGAGGAACUUCUCUGCUGUGUGGAUGAAAAUGCAGUCGGUGAGCUCUGCUGUUUUUUUGUUUUGCUUUUUUUUUUUGUAUGAAGAGGAAUCUAUUAGGAAAGACAUCUACAAUACAUGACCUACCUGUUGGACAGUCUUUCACAAUAACGUUGCAACACUUGAAUCACAGCUGCUGGUUGGGUGGAAGGAGGGAGGUUUGAAUCUCGACAUGAAGGUUAGAUUUCUGAGAGAGCAGCUAACAUCACUGCCUCCAGCACGGCCAUGUUGUGCCUUUGAGACUUUUACCAAGAUAGUGUCCAGACUGUGAGUGUUUACAGGAUGAAGACCAACUACCUUUUUAGUCAAACUUUUAAAAGAUCCGAUAAAUUUGGAACAUUUUUACCCAUAAAAAUUGUGAAUUAAACUCCAACUCUUUAAACACACUCAUUGACUGAGUGAGCUGAGCUCCAAAUGACUUAUUUUAACAGUCCUCACACUACUCAGAGCAUUGUCGCAGUUUUCCCUCGGGGCCAAGGAAUACUAUGCAUUAUUGUUUUAGACCCUUUUGUAAUGUGAUUAAAAUGUAUGAUUUCAUCUGAUGUUUACACACAAUAUGUGAAAUGUUGGACAAAUAAAUGCGACUGAGAUUACAAAGUAUUUUUACAAGUUGUACGCCAAAGUUUUUAUUACAGUGCAAUGAAUAAACAUCUUUGAAUCCAUGAA